UUCUCUCUUUUUUCCUCCCCUCUUUCUAACCCCCGUCCUCGUUUUUCUCUUAUUUUUGUAUACUCUUGUUUAUCUCUCCUGCAAGGAGAGCACACUCCCGCUGUGCAAUCGAGUGAAGUGAGAACGAGGCAUCCCGAGACAAGGAAGUCGAGGGAAAGAAACUAAAAAAGAAAGAAACGGGAUAAAAGUCAGGAUAAAAAGUGAUAAUGUCGGCAUUAUGCAUCGGAUUCGCGGCCACCCUGCUGGCCAUCAUCGUCUACUUCGCGUGUUUCUUCAAAUUCAACUGGAUCCAAGACUUGAGAAAUAAGAACAAGACACGGAAAAUUUGCGGCGUUAAUGUGGGUAAACAUCGGAAGGCAGGUAAAGUACCGCCUGUGUACCCCAACGGAUGGUUCGCUCUUCUCGAAAGUUGGCAGAUAAAAAAGGGACAAGUGAAACACGUUUCUGCUCUUGGUGAAAAUUUUGCCGUUUUCAGAACCGAAAGAGGCGUUGUCAACAUUUUAGAUGCGUAUUGUCCGCAUCUAGGGGCAAAUAUGGCCGAGAAUGGCCGUGUCAAGGGAGAUUGUCUGGAGUGCCCUUUUCAUAGCUGGUCAUUUCGUGGAGAGGAUGGUUUUUGCGAGAGUAUACCUUAUACCGAAAAGGUGCCACAUAUUGCUCGAGCGAAAGUUUGGAAGUGCUGCGAAGUAAAUCGCAUCAUUUUUGUUUGGUACCACGCCGAAUCACUUGAGCCGGAAUGGCAACCACAGCCACAAAUUCAUAUAUCCGAUGGAACAUGGCACUACCAAGGUCGCAAUGAGUUCAUCGUUAAUUGUCACAUACAGGAUAUAGCCGAGAACGGGGCUGAUCCAGCGCAUCUCAACGUGGUUCACGGUCCGGCUAUGUUUCUCUCCAGCAAUUUAUCCUGGCUGGCUCGACAUUUAUGGGGCAUCAAUAUGAAUUGGCGGCCGCUCUACUCGACGUAUGAUGAAACGGACGAGGAUGCAAACAUGAACGCGGAAGUGGCGAAAACUGAACGCGUCAAAUUGAACUGCACGUCGAUUCACCCUAUGGAGACCAGCAACGGGGAUCGUCAUCUUGCAGUCUCGGAGAACUGCUUUGGCAGACGAGAAAAGCACAAAGCCGGCUUGCACAUGUUCCACAAAUUGAUCCUUCUGAAUCGCUUCAACGUGAUGGAAAUAGAAGUGCGCGCUGAACAAAUCGGGCCCAGCUACGUUGAGCUGAUGAUCGACACAUCAUUCGGGACUGUCUGUAUUCUGCAGACAGUAACGCCGAUUGAACCGUUGCUGCAACGAGUGACCCAUCAGAUCUUCUCACCGCAUUUAUUGGCGCCCUACGCCAAAAUUAUUUUUCUGGCUGAAUGUGUGAUGUUUGAGCGUGACAUCAAGAUCUGGAAUCACAAGAAAUACGAACGGCAACCGAUCCUUGUACGCGAGGACCGCACCAUCCUCGCGUACCGUCGUUGGUACUCGCAGUUUUAUUCAGAUAAUAGUCCGACCUAUCAAACAGCCAUGAAAAAUCUCGAAUGGUAACAUCGAAUCUUUUUAAAACGUAAUUUAUAUAUUUUUUUGUUAUAUUUCUAUAUAUUAUUUUA